UGCCCUAAGUUGGGCCCUAAAAAAUAAUUCCUCUGUAUACCUUGAGAGGAGCACCAAAUUUCAUUACAGAUGUCACUCGUAAGCGCUAAGUGUAAACCCUAACUAGAUAUCUCUGUCUCUCGAUCAAGACGAGAAAGAAUUGGAAUUCAGCAACGAUUGUUUUGGUUAUCAGAAAUUACAAUAGACACACUAUAACGUAUCCCAGAAUAGAGUGAGGUUGAGCAGGUGAUAGUUUUUUUUCUCUUCACGAACAAUGCAGCCCGAGGAGAAACUUGCGGGAGAGGAAGUAGAGUAUCAAACGUGUGAUCCUGGAUUCACAACUACUGAUUGGGCGACUUUUAGAGAUGAUGAUAUCAUGCAACAGCAUAAUGCCAUUCAGGCUGAAGAAGCUGUGAAAAAGCCAUAUGUUGGCGACAAGGAACCUCUUUCAGUGUUAUCUGAGGAAUAUCAGUCAGGCAGCCCUAUCUUGCUGGAGAAAAUCCAGGUUUUGAGUGAAAGUUAUGCUGCCAUAAGACGAACAAGAGGAGAUGGGAACUGUUUCUUUCGAUCCUUCAUGUUUUCCUACCUGGAGCAUAUUUUGGAAUCACAAGACAAAGCAGAGGUAGACCGGAUUACUGCAAAUAUUGAACAAUGCAAAAAGACCCUCCAGAGUCUGGGAUAUGCAGAUUUUACGUUUGAAGAUUUUUUUGCGUUGUUCCUUGAGCAGCUGGAAAAUGUUCUGCAAGGAAAUGAAUCCUCCAUAAGUCAUGAUGAUCUGGUGCAGAGGAGUCGAGAUCAAUCCGUGUCAGAUUUCGUUGUAAUGUUCUUCAGAUUUGUUACUUCUGGUGAAAUUCGUAGACGCUCUGAAUUCUUCGAACCUUUUAUUUUGGGCUUAUCAAAUGCAACUGUGGAACAGUUUUGUAAGACUUCUGUGGAGCCCAUGGGUGAAGAAAGUGACCAUGUUCACAUCAUUGCCUUGUCUGAUGCGUUGGGUGUGCCCAUUCGUGUAAUGUACCUGGAUCGCAGCUCCUGUGAUGCUGAGGGUGUCAGUGUAAAUCAUCAUGAUUUUAUUCCAACUGUUGGUGAUGUUCAGAAUACUACUAGCAAAGGCGUUUCUGAUUCUGUGAAACCAUUUAUCACCUUGCUUUACCGCCCAGGCCAUUAUGACAUUCUGUACCCAAAGCAAUCAGAUAAGCAGUACUAGAAGUUCUUUUAUGUAAGUAUGGAACAUCUUAUGGACUAGGCCAGCUAGUAUCCCGGUUUGUCUAUCAUUGCUCAAAUAUUUAAUGUUUGUUUAGUUUUUGUCCAUUUGUUUUUUGUUUUGUUUUACCAAGGUGACAUCAUGGCAAUAACUGAACAAAGAUUACAUAACCUGGUCAUCCAUUUAGAUCAAAAGUACUUUAUGAUGGAUAUCAACGAGAAAUAGUUGAGAGGAAAUAUGAAAAUGUAGUUUUAUAUAUAUCUAA